UAUAUGACAAUUCGCAUGCAUGAAAAGGGUGAUUGUUAUUUUUGAACUAUUGCUAUCAUACAUACGUAUAUAGUCUUUGGUUAGUUUUCUCUCUUAUGCUUUUAGCUUGCAAGCAAGUGCUACCUAGCUUGAGUACCUAAAGAAAAGCAAAUAGAUUUUUUGGGUGAAUGACGAAUAUCUCCUUAGGUUUCGCAAAUAUUUCUUUAUAUUUCAAUAUUAUGCUAUUGUAAUUUUAUUUUAUUUUAUUUUAAUACCGUUUCACUAAUAGUUCGUUUUAAAUUUAAAUAUUAAAUGAUAUUAAGAAUUUCUAACUUGACCGAAUAAUUUUUUUAUAAUUUCUCUCUUUUUUAUUUUUAUUUCUUUUUCCUUUAGACAUAUAUGUUACCACUCUCAACCAAACUCGAUUACUAAAAUAUCUAUUAGCUAACCUACCAGUUAGACCGAACUUCAAAAUUCUCAUUCUACUAUCUAUAUCUAUCAUUAAUGCCCUUAGAAGAAGAGAAAGUGCUUUGCUCCCAUGGUGAUGCGUCUGGGAUCAUUUGCAAAUUGGCAAAUAAAAGAUCAAAGAGUCGUACAAUGCAAAAUGAAAAGAAUGGCUUCUUAAAGGAGCCUCUGCUGGGCAUGGCCGAUAAAGAUAAAGAAUUGGAUGGUGAACAUGCUCGAAUUGCAGAUUACUUCGACGUAAUAGCAGGAACUAGCACAGGAGGUCUAAUUGCUACCAUGUUGACAGCUCCUGACGAAAACCAGCGCCCCUUAUUCAUGGCAAAAGACAUAGUUCCCUUCUAUUUAAAGCAUUCUCCUAAAAUAUUUCCUCAGUCAUAUGACAUGAUUAUGGGAAUGAAUGCUUUGGUUGGACCAAAGUACGAUGGUAAGUACCUUAGGAAGCUACUUCGAAAAAUAUUUGGAGCUCGAAGGUUAAACGAGACUGUCACUCGUGUAGUUAUACCUACAUUUGAUAUCCAAUUACUUCAACCUGCCGUCUUCUCAACCUUCGAGGCAGAGACUGAUGCAUCAAAGAAUGCUUUGUUAUCUGAUGUUUGCAUCAGUACUUCGUCAGCUCCAACUUAUUUUCCAGCUUAUCACUUCAGGACUAAAGAUUCUGAAGGAAAUGAUAGGGAAUUCCACCUUGUGGAUGGGGGUAUAGCAGCAAAUAACCCUGCGUUGCUGGCUAUGAAACCUACCGGAAUAGUCUUCCCAGGCGAUCCAGCUUCAUUGCCAGCACAAACCCUACACUAUGGAAAGUAUGUGGUGCUUUCCUUAGGCACUGGUACUUCAAAAGUGGAGAAAAAAUACAGUGCAAAAAUGGCAGCAAAAUGGGGAAUCCUUGGGUGGCUGUAUCGAGAUGGUCAUUCUCCAUUAGUGGAUGCCUUUACUUAUGCAAGUGGCGAUAUGGUUGACCUUCACAUGUCCUUAAUUUUCCGAUCCAUUAGAUGUGAACACAACUACCUUCGUAUCCAGAACGACACAUUGAGGGGAGACACAUCUUCAACAGACAAAGCAACCAAGAAGAAUUUGGAGGAUCUUGUAAAAAUUGGUGAAGAUAUUUUGCAAAAGCCAGUUUCAAGAGUUAACAAAGAUAGUGGGAUUUUUGAACCAGUUGAAAACGAAGGAACUAAUGAAGAAGCUCUCACCAGAUUUGCAAAAGUGCUAUCAGAAGAGAGGAAACUCCGGAGGCAGAAAUUUAAGCUUUGUCAGCCGAGCUCUGUUAAUUAUUAACCACGCAAUAAGAAGAAAGCAAAUUCUCAAAACUGACUCAACAUUAAAUUUCUUUGCUAAAACCAGAUAUCAGGAGUAUUAAAAGUGAAUAUUGUACCAAAGUUUAAUUUAUAACUGGGUGGUGCGUCCACGUACUUCUCUAUUGAAUGAGAAGUUGUAAAAAAGAAUUCAUCUUUUUCUAUUUCUUUCUUUAUGCUGAAACCCAGUUUUAGGAAUCUCUUGCACAUGACGACAGUUCUCCAAAUAGUUGAGCCAUUUUAAAGGGCUGUUUGUUUCAUCAUAAAGUUUGAUGUGUAUUGGAGCCUGAA